AUGGAGGAGGUAGACAUAACCAUCAUUGAAAGUGUCACGUCUAAAGGAGCUGUUUGUUUAGAUGGAAGCCCACCUGCUUUCCAGCUUGAUAGAGGGUUUGGAGAUGGUGUCAAUAAUUGGUUGGUUCAUAUACAGGUUAAAGAAUGCAAAUUUUUGCCGAUCAAGGUGGUGAUUCUCAUUGGAUUUACAUGGGGCAAAGUGGUUUUGAUGAUACUAAAUAGAAUACAAUGUCUCAAAUUGGGAAUAGAUUCGUCAUUACUAGAUGCGGAUAAAGUUAAUGCUGCACAUGUAUCACCAUGUGACAUUGUUGCUGUCAUUCGUCCUGCUACUUAUAAGUCUGGGAUUGCGUGUGAAGAAUUAGAUCAAAAAUAUGUGAUGAAAGAUAACUUUGAGAUGUCAUUAUCAGUUACAUUUUCUGAAAAUGGAAAUGAAACCAAUAUCUAUUUAGGACGUGUAACGCCUUCAUCAUGAAAGGACCUGCAUGAGCGAUUCAAGAUGUGAGAAACAUGUGGUGAAGGUCAAAGUUGAAGCGUCGUGUGAGGUCCACAAAUGGGCACUUGCCAAGAAGCUUCCUGAUUAUAAUGUCAUGUAAGAAAAAUAUAAUUUAUGUGUGCACUUUUAUAAAAUCUAAUACCUC